UUCAGCAUGACUUCCUUCUCCCUCGGCCGCCUCACAUCUUCAAGACUUCAGCCAUGCCGAGCGGAAUAGGGCGUAACAAUAGCGUGGACGUACUGGGCGACGACGGGAUGAUGCGGUAUGGGAGGGUGGUGGACGUGUCCGACGACGGCCUCUUCAUCGACAUGCUCUGUCCCAACCGACGUCGGGAACCCGUUCCGUACCAUAGCGUCUUCCGACCGAACAAGAUGAGCAAGUGCGACCUGAAACGAGAGCGCAACAGUUCCCUUACUGUCCUUUCCGUGGAAAUCCUGUUACCUCAGACGCCAUCGGGACCGUGGAUUUGGUUGCCUGGUGAAUCAGACAGUUUCCUAUUAGAAAACGCGGCCCACCAGCACACUGGAGCUGUAGUGCACUGGCGCAGUAUGGGCAACGGAAAGUCAUGCACAGAUUUUCUCCCCAUCGAACGCAUCCGGUUGCCUGUUGAAGAGGCGCUAAAACAGCGCCGAAUGAUGAGAAACAAGCGUUGUGCGGAUGAUGAAGAUGCUGCUCAAUCAGACCAUAUUCGUUCAGGAACCUUCGUGAAGCGCACUGAACAGCUGGACGACGAAUUUCGCUCGGUGUCCGCAAAAGACGUCGCGGCGCUCAUCAAGCGCCUGGAUCUCCUGCAACUCUCUUUCUCGUGUGACUAUGAAAACAGUGAUGACCGUGAUAACCCUUUCUAUCAUGUGGACGUGGUGGACCUCGUUGAUGGGCAGUUGGGGUACCUGUCCGAAGUGGGAGCAGCAGAGAGAUCUCAGUGGGGCAGAAAGUUGCUGCGAGCCAUGAUGGUGUCGAAUGCUCAUGGUAAAUUGUCAGAACUGGCAGCGAUAGUUGCUGAAGAGAUGGCGCUGCCGGUGGAAUUGUGGCUGGACGUGUUUUCCUACUUGGACACGGUUACCCAGACGCAGCUGCGCGCGGUAUGCGCCGCUUGGAACGCGCUGAUGGAAUCACCAGCGCUGCGCUGCCGUAUCAUCGUCGGAGACGAGUCGUGGGACUGCAUAAAGCGAGAAUACCGGGUAUUCUUAAGCUUGGCGGCGGUUUACAAAUGCUUGCGCCGUGAAACACAGCACAUUGUGGUGGACAUUCGACGCCGACGGCUGGAUUCAGGAAACAUAGUGGCGCUGUGCGACAUGAUUCGCUUCGUGGCAGACCAGCAAACCGAAAUCAGACUAAAAAGUGUGCUCUUCAGCAAACUGGUGCAUUUCCUGGUGUUUACCCACGGCGUACAUGAUGUUGUCCUUGCGGACGACGCCUGCUAUAAACUGACAUAUUCGAGCUCCGUGUGCUCCCGCACACUACCGUUGCAGCAUUUCAUUGCGAUAUGCGCCAGUCUACUAUGUAAUACCCUCGUCAUGGCCAACUGGCAGGUUUGUUUGGUAUACAAGUACCUUCGACGAGGGCGAGGACGUUAUCCCGUAGAAGGGAUCGUUUGGGCAAAGGUCCCUUCGGCGCGACUGACGACGGGUAGUGAUUUCCGCUGCGCAUUCCUGGAUGCCUUGGAGACAGGAUUGCCGGUACUUACGGAUCAGAAGCUGGAAGAUGUGCGCCAGGAGUUCAACUCCCUGGGUGAUUCUCCUAACGAUGUCAGUGUGAAGGAUGCCGUCUGUGAGUGGCUAAGCGCGGUGCAGUCGGCUGAUCCACGUCCCUCAACGCACUACCGCGGGAAAACCUGGCACGAGGACGACUUGCAGGGUUUGCAGCUAGAAAAACUUUCGGUGUUGUCCGGCAUUUUCUGGUUGGGCACGGACUGAGAGCGAUGGUCCCGUGGGUUUCGGCUGCUUAACAAUGCACCUUUAGUUGCUUGAGCACCGUCGUCCAGAGUGGUUGCCUCGGCUUUGAGUAUUCGUCUGCCGAUAACAGUAAGCAGUGAACAAUAUUGUCGAAGUUCUAAAUCAUUUGCUACAUUUUUUCUUUCAU